GUACAGAGCCACUAGUACCCUGCCUUAUGGUGCUAUAUGUGACCAUAUUAUUCUUUGGGGUCUCAAUGAUCACCGUCGCCCUGAUCUCGACAGAUCGCUUCAUCGCAAUACGCUGGCCAUUCUUAUACGUGCAAUGCUUCACGCGAGGAAGCGUGCUCACCACUAUAAUGUUUUCCUGGAUUUUUAUGGUAAUCUUUUCGAGUAUUCCCUACCUCGGCGCAGCAGUGAAGCCAGAUAUACCCACAAAAUUCUGCUUCUACUCUCAGUACCUUUCGCAGGCUUAUCUGCUCGCUAUGUUCUCGCUGAUCAAUAUAUUGAUUAUCAUCAUCUUGUUGUUUACUAAUAUUUAUUUGCUCAAGCAAACACUGAGGCAUAUUUUAAAGAUCAAGUCACAAGUUGUACCGAUGGCGUGGGAUGAGACCAGCCAGAACAGGUAAUGAUGAAUGAUAAUGGUGACGAUAAUAGUAAUACAAUAAUAACAAUAAUUCAAAACCUCUGUAACACGGAACUAACCUAAUACGGACACAUUUCUGAUGUGAAUACCUCUAAUAGUAUGCAUACCUCUCCAAUAGGAACACCUCCCUAAUACGGACACCUCUCCAAUACGGACACCUCUCUAAUAAGGACACCUCUCUAAUAGGGACACCUCCCUAAUAAGGACACCUCUCUAAUAAAGACACCUCUCUAAUACGGACACCUCUCCAAUACGGACACCUCUCUAAUAAGGACACCUCUCUAAUAAGGACACCUCUCUAAUAUGGACACCCCUCUAAUAAGAUACCUCUCCGAUAUGGACACCUCUCUAAUAAAGACACUUCUCUAAUAGGGACAUCUCUCUAAUAUGGAUACCUCUCUAAUUGGAUACCUCUCUAAUAUGGACACCUCUCUAAUACGGACACCCCUCUAAUACAGACACCUCUCUAAUACGGACACCUCUCUAAUAAGGACACCUCUCUAAUAUGGACACCUCUCUAAUAAGAUACCUCUCCGAUAUGGACACCUCUCUAAUAAAGACACCUCUCUAAUAGGACACUUCUCUAAUAGGGACAUCUCUCUAAUAUGGAUACCUCUCUAAAUGGGUACCUCUCUAAUACGGACCCCUCUCUAAUACGGACACCUCUCUAAUACGGACACCUCUCCAAUAUAAGAACAUUUCUCUAAUACGGACACCUCUCAAAUACAGACACCUCUCCAAUACAGACACCUCUCUAAUACGGACAUCUCUCUAAUACGGACACCUCUCCAAUACAGACACCUCUCUAAUACGGACAUCUCUCUAAUACGGACAUCUCUCUAAUACGGACACCUCUCCAAUACAAACACCUCUCUAAUACGGACAUCUCUCUAAUACGGACACCUCUCCAAUACAGACACCUCUCUAAUACGGACGUCUCUCUAAUACGGACACCUCUCCAAUACGGACACCUCUCCAAUACAGACCGCCUCUCUAAUACAGAUACCUCUCCAAUACGGACACGUCUCUAAUACGGACACUUUUCUCCGUCCCUUCGCUAUCAAUACUUGAGAGGUCUGAGUACAAGUUAAACACACAGAUGCUUUUAAAUUGAACCAGAGUUCAUUACAGGUCUGAAGAGGUGACACAGAACUCAACCAACCAAGGAACGGCUCAACCAUCCUUCGAACCACCAUCUGGGCGUACGAGAGCGCGGUACCAUCGCGAGAUCAAAGCAACCAGAGUGACCAUUGCAGUGGUCGGUUUCACCAUCGUAUUGACCACGCCCAUAAUGGUCAUCGACGUCGUAUCGAUCUGGUGUCCCACGUGUUCACCAUCCAUCAUAACUAGAAUUGCAGUUGCAAUGGCCUAUGCAAAUUCAUGUGUUAACCCUUGGAUAUUUGCUGGAUUUAAUAAACUUUACAGGGAAACCUAUUUCGAAGUGCUGAAAAGGUUGAGAAACUUCUUGUUGUGCAGAUCGUAA